AUGGCAUUCACAACAUCUCAUGGUGAGGCUGAAGAGUAUGGUCCACAUAGGCCUAAGAAGAAAUCAGGAGACACGCUUGUCGAUAAAGAAAGAAGUGAAUGGACAAUGGAAGAUAAGAAAUUGGUUAGUCUAAAUGAUAGAGCUGUAAACAUCUUACAUUGUGCAUUAAUUAGAGCUGAAUUUGAUCAUAUUUCAACUUGUAAAAGUGCUAGGGAGAUUUGGUGCAUGCUAGAGCUUAAACAUGAAGGAACUAGUCAAGUAAAGGAUACUAAGAUAAAUAUGCUUGUACAUGACUAUGAAUUGUUUAAGAUGAAACCAAAUGAAUGCAUUUCUGAUAUGUUUGCUCGUCUAACCACCAUUUGUAAUGAAUUGCAAAGUCUUGGUAAAGUGUACUCAAAUGCAGAUAGAGUUCAAAAGGUACUAAGGAGCUUACCAAAGACAUGGAAAGACAAAGUCACCGCAAUCCAAGAGGCAAAGGACUUGCAGACCUUGAAGUUGGAGGAACUCAUUGGGAGCUUAAUGACACAUGAGAUUGAGCUAAAAAAGUAUGAAGAAGAGGAUGAGACACCUAGAAGAAAAGGAAUAGCACUUGCUGCUAAUUCGGAUAGCUCAAGUGAUGAAGAUGAGGAGACACAAAUUGCAAGAAAUUUCAGAAAAUGUGGCAAAACAGGUCACUUGAUUGCUGAAUGCCCAAAACCUUCAAAGAAGAAGUUUAAAGGAAAAGGAAAGAAAGAGAAGAAGGCCUUUAAAGCUACAUGGGAUAACACUAGCUCAGAUGGCUCAUCAAGUGAAGAAGAGGAAGAUCACACAGCCAAAUUGUGUUUAAUGGCAAAAUCGGCUGAAGUCUCAUCUAGUCAAGAUGAGGUAGUAAGUGUUUCUGAAUCUCAAUGUUUUGAUUCAUUAUCUGAUGCAUAUGCUCAAUUAUGUGAAUUUCAUGAAUCUCUAAUGCUUAAAUACAAGCUAGCUAAAAAGGAAAUUUCUAGACUAAAGAAAAUUGAAAAGGUGCAUCUGCAUGAUUGUGUAGAAUUGAAGACUAAGCAUGAUGAUUUAGAUAUUACAUGUAAUGAUCUUGCUGGUAAUAUUGAUGAUCUUGUGAUGGAAAUUGAAGCACUUAAAGAACACACAUGUCAAGGCAUAACUGAUUUACAAUUACAAAAGUUACGUGAAUUUGAUGAAAUGCAAGAAAGAGUAAAAGAGUUAGAUAGUGAAAUACUGUCUUGGGAAGAGUAUGAAUCCAAAAUGCUUGAUAAACUCACAAAUUUGAAAUCUGAAGUAGAAAAUCUAAAUGAAAAGAACCAAUUGCUUGAAAUGAAAUUCUCACAAUUUUGUACAAGUUCUGAAAAAUUGGAUUUGCUAUUUUCUUCUCAAAGGCAUUAUUUGGAUAAGAGUGGAAUUGGAUAUGAUCCAAUGAAGCUAAAUGAGAGUCUAAGUGGCACAAGUGCCAUGGGUAGAACCUCUAUUGUGGCUGCCCAAAGGGCCAAGCUCCUAAGAGCUAGGGUUUCACACCCAAGGCCAGGUGUAUUUAAAUUGAAAAGGUAUUGGGUAUGCUUAAAAACAGAAUUCAAGAGUGGAGAAUGGUAUCUUGAUAGUGGAUGUUCUAGGCAUAUGACUGGAAAUCCAACCAUGUUCACUACCUUCACUAAAAAGAAACAUGGUGGAAACAUCACAUUUGGAGAUAACUCCAAAGGUAGAAUUCUUGGAAAUGGUUCCGUAGGUAAUUCUUCCUUUGCCAUAGAUGGUGUGUUGUAUGUGAGUGGUUUAUCAUUUAAUCUCAUUAGCAUUAGUCAACUAGCUGAUAAAGGAUUUGUGGUAAAGUUCAAAAAGGACAAAUACUUGAUUAAAAAUAAGUUAAAAGAAUUGGUAGUUGCUGGUUCUAGAAGUGGCAAUGUGUAUGUUAUUGAUUUUGAAUCUUUAAGUAGUAGUUUAACUUGUUUGAUUGCUUCUAGUGAUUGUGCAUUACAUUGA